AUGGCGCCGACGCCUCAGACUGACGGCGGCCUUAAUGUCAUCGCUCUGAUAUCUGGUGGCAAGGAUAGCUUCUUCUCGGCCCUGCACUGUCUGGAGAACGGCCAUCGCGUGGUUGCUCUGGCGAACUUGCACCCGCCACCGCCACCGCCGCCGCCGCCGGCGUCUUCGUCAAAAGCCACCAGAGACAGGUCGGGCUCUGGCUCUGGCUGUUGGUCCAGCGCACAGCCGCCCGGCGGCAGUCCUCACGGAGCCCACCAGCCUACCGAUGAUGCUGCAAGGGAUGUUCCAGACUCGGGCCUAGCACAGCUGGACCUCGAUAGGGACCAGCCUCAGCAAGAUGGCCCAAUCGUCGAUGGUGACGAGGAGGCGGACUUGAACUCGUUCAUGUAUCAGACUGUCGGGCACCAAGUCAUCCCGCUCUACUCCACUGCCACUGGGAUCCCUCUGUACCGGCAGCCCAUCGUCGGCGGCGCCGUCCAGAGCGGGAGGGACUACUCGGCUGCCGCCAUGUCCACAGAUGAUGAGGUGGAAUCCAUGCUGCAGCUGCUGGAGAGGAUCAAGGCAGCCCACCCAGAGGCCAACGCCGUCAGCGCCGGCGCCAUCCUCAGCACCUACCAGCGCACCCGGGUCGAGUCCGUGGCCACUCGCCUGGGCCUCACGCCCCUGGCGUAUCUGUGGAAGUACCCCGCGCUCCCUGCCCAGCCGUCAACCGCAGCGGGCAGGGGCGAGGAUGAGGCCCAGCUACUGUAUGACAUGGGCUCGGCCGGCCUGGAUGCGCGCAUCAUCAAGGUGGCUUCGGGGGCGCUCAACGAGAGCUUCCUAUGGGAGAACGUGGCCAGCGCCAAGGGCGCGACGAGGCUCAAGGUGGCCGCGUCAAGGUUUGGUGGCGACGGCGCCGUCCUGGGCGAGGGCGGUGAGUUUGAGACCCUCGUCGUUGACGGGCCGAGCCGGCUGUUCAAGAAGAGGAUUGCUGUAGGCGAGGACGACAAGGUGAUUGUUCCCGAAGGGGGGGACACCGCAUGGCUGAAGAUUCAGAUGCCCAAGGUCGUUGAGAAGGUGAUCAACGAGGCAGAUGAGGAGUCUCUGGUCAUCAGGAAGCCUGGGCUUCUUGAAGACAGGUUCCUGGCGACGCUCGAGAAUAUAGGGUCCGCUGGUGAGACGGAUGUAGCCGAGGAGGCUGAAGGGCCAGCCGCUUCCUUGAGCAUGAAGCCCACUCUACAGACUUGGGCAUUCAUCGGUCACCCCAAACAUUGCGAACUCUCAAUAGAGGCAGACACCAACAACCUGCUGGACACAAUUCGCGCUCGCCUCGAGCGGCAGCAACUCGUGCCGGGGGAUAUCAUCUCAAGCAUCAUCAUCCUGCGGUCAAUGUCUGACUUCCAGACCAUUAACAAAAUCUAUGGCUCUCUUUUCACCGACCCCAACCCGCCCUCUCGCGUCACUAUCGCGUGUGGCAAUAUCCUGCCCCAGGACGCGAAACUCGCCAUCUACCUGACCGUGCCGGACAGCUCAAGCGCGGUCGACAGGCAAGGCUUGCACGUGCAGUCCAGGUCAUACUGGGCGCCCGCCAACAUCGGCCCUUACAGCCAGGCCAUCACCGUACAGAUGGCUCCAAAGGAAGACCGCGCCAACGAGCCUCGUGUGGCCCAUAUCGCAGGCCAGAUCCCGCUCGUGCCGGCGACCAUGGAACUGCCGGCGGAAGGCGGGCUGGAGAUGCAGCUGGUGCUCUCCCUGCAGCACCUCUGGCGCAUCGGCGUCGAGAUGAGCGUGCAGUGGUGGACCAGCGCGGCGGUGUACUUCCCCCGCGCCAGCAAGUCCAAGCACGACCUCCCUGCGCGGGACAAGGCGAUGCUCGCGUGGAGGGCGUGGAGGGCGGCGCACAAGUGGGUGUCGCCUCGGCUCGUCGACGAGGCCUCUGGGCCGGACCUGUGGGACAGGAGGUUCAACGCCAAGUAUCUCUUGUACGGCAGCGGCGAGGAGGACAAGGCCAAGAAGGCCAGCCUGCCAUAUUAUGCUGAUACCACUGCUGGAGAUGACGAUGACGACGACCGGCCGACGAGGAAGAGGCCUGUGCCCUUCUUCCUCGCCGCCGAAGUCGACGAGCUCCCCCGCUCCGCGGAGGCCGAGUGGCACGCUCACGCCGGUCUCAUCAACAUUCCCUGGGAAGAAGGGGCUGCGGGCCGCUUCCACGUCUGCGACGACGAGAAGUCUGACACCGCGGGCGGCGGCAGGUGCCGCAUCAGCCACUCGGCCGUCGUGCUCGGGGAGGGCGCGGAGGCGCACGCGUGCCUGCACAGCGCAGCGGCCAUCGAGCUCCCGCAUGACGACGGCGCGGCACAGCCACAGGCAGCGGCCGCCUCGGCACUGGAGGCACAGAUCGACGAGGCCGGCAAGCUCAUGGCUCUGGGCUAUGCGGGUCGCUUCGGGUGUGCUCCGUGCGUCGGGCCCGGGGGGUCCGGGACGGGUCCGUCACAAGCGGGGGCUCAGAACCCUUUGCCCUACCUCGUGUAUGUCAACUGCGAGGUCUUCGAGCCCGGGCAGGUCGGGGCCGUGGUGAGAGACCUGGGGCUGGCUGCUAUACCGUGCGCGUCUCUCUAUGGUGGGCCCGGCGGUGGGACUCGGUUCGCGCUGGUGGCAAUGUAUAGGACUUUGUUGGGGCCGGUGAGUGGAUGA